AUGGUGUCAAAUAUCUACGGCUAUAAAUCGACCAAACAGAAGUACACAGCGGGCAUCCGCGACCGCUCACGCAGCCACGGAUCCUCUGGAUACACAGCAGGCAUUGAGACAAGAGACAAAGACGAGCGCAACAGUUCCUACACUGCUGGUGUGAGGCCCACUCCAGCUCCAGCACAUGCGAAAGGCUACACCGCAGGCAUUGGUGGAGGCGUUGCUCCAGCAAUAACCAGUGCCAACAGCCUUUUUUCUCCGAGAACCAGCCACUCCGCAACGAUAUCAGAGAAGUGGUUUCCUAGAACAUGA